UAAUAAUCAUCUAACAUUUCUUCAAUUAAAAGUGAUUUUGAUACACAAAUAAAUUGAAAUUACUAUUCUUAAAUUAUAAGAAAUUUAGUAAAUAAUAUUCAGUGAAACAUGAAAAAGAGAGUAGUAGUAAAAAAGAUUACGUAUAUUGUGUAAAAAAAAAGAAUUUGUUUUAUUUUUAUUGCAUUUCCUUAUAAAGUGUUUUGUUUUUGUUUAUUGUGUGUAACAUUAUGGUUGAAAUAGAGGAAGUGAAAAAAUCAUCUACAAAACGAUCAAUUGACAAUGGCCUACCAACCUCAAUGUUGUACAGCUAUACGGGGCGUAUGCGUGAACUCAUUGAAGCCUACAAUGCAGCCGUUGCUAUACUAUAUCCGAAAUACGCUUGGUAUAUUUAUCCCGGUUAUUUGCAAUUUGCCAUUUAUCAACGUUAUAUGAAAUAUUUCAAAGAUAAAUAUCGCUUAGUGCCCAUACCAAAUACUCUCUAUGAACAUUUAAUUAAAAAUGAACUAAUUAAAUCGGAACAUAUCAUAUUUACCUCGGAAGAUAUUUACGAAGAAUAUGCCGAAUCGGAGGAAGUGAAUUUUGUCAACCUGAUAGUGAGUUGCGGAAGGCAAACGGUAGUAGAAAAGCAUAUAACAAAUGGCGAAGAAAAGAAGGAGAGUGAAACGCUUUUAAAGCAAAUAUUGAAUCAAGCACCGCAUACAUUAGUGGCACAGAUGAGACCCUUGAAAAUAUGUCAAACUCAUUGUGUGUUUAUACAGGAAAACUUCUUUUCGAAUUUAAUGGAUCGCUUUAAUGUCAACAAUGCCAAUGUUAACAAAACAAAACUCUGGGCCAAAUUAGAUCAUCUCAAUGAAGAGCAAACCAUACCAAAUAUUGCAAUUAAAGCUCAUGUCUAUCUACUUAAUAAUCCUUACGAAUUGCCGCCAGAUGUUUCAGAAUUAAUAUUGGGCAAUUACUUUAAUACGCCACGUAUUUUGCAUCGUGGCCAUACUUAUCGCAUAGAAGUUAAUGCCGAUCUAAUAGGAACCUCACAGUACGCUCAUUAUUAUUUGAUAUUUGCCUACAUGAAAUUUGUACACUUUCGUUGUGUCCAUUUGGAGGUGAAGGGUAGCGAAUUCGAAAUGCAAGCUGUAGUAGCUAAAGGUUUUACCAAUCUGGUACAAAUCGCUCAUACACAUCAGUUUGUGCCGCGCCAAUUUUUAGAUGAUAUGACCAUUGUAGAAGGUUAUCCUUUGGGGUUGCAAACGACCUACGAAUGUUUGCGCUCAUCCAUUGAUGCUUUUUUGCCUAGAAAAACUACAUGCUUAUCCUCGAAACAUAUCUUUCCCAUGUUCAUUCUACAGGCGGAACGCGGUGCGGGCAAAACGAAAUUGGUAAAUGCUGUAGCCCGGGACUUGGGCAUGCAUUUGUUUGGGGUUGAUUGUGCGGAAAUUGUAUCGCAAGUACCAUCGCAUACGGAAAUGAAAUUGAAGGCAGUUUUUGCCAAGAGCUUAAUAAGUGAGCCGUUGCUGAUAUGUUUUCAUAAUUUUGAGAUUUUCGGAAUUGACAAUGAGGGCAAUGAAGAUUUACGACUUUUGGCCGCUUUUCAAGUACAAACGCAGGAACUUUUCACGCACAAUCGCAAACAUCCGGUUGUUAUUGUGGCCUUGACCAGUGAAAAAAACAUUAAACCCAUGAUACAGCGUAUGUUCUUGGAAAUAAUACGCCUCGAAAUGCCCUCAAAGGAUGAAAGAUAUGAAAUUUUAAAAUGGCUACACAAAAAGGAACUGUUCAAAAACAAAGUGUUCAAUUUAAGAGACCUGGACAAUCUGCCUUUGUAUGAGCUAGAAAUGCAAGAGAGAUAUUUGUGUAAACUGCAAACAAAUUGGCAAAGUACUAAAAAAGUUUUACGUGAAGUGGCUGAUAAAUCGCAAGGUUUCCUUUUGGGAGAUUUACAGCUUUUGCAUAAUAAUGCUGUGCGUCAGAAGAGAGAACAAGAGGCAAAGAAGCUUAGCUUUGAACACUUUGCUUAUUAUUUGAGUAUAAUGCAGGCAUCCUUUGCAGAUAGCUUGGGUGCACCUAAAGUGCCCAAGGUAAUGUGGUCGGAUAUUGGUGGCUUGGCUAAAUUGAAAGAUGAAAUUCAGUCGAGUAUAGGUUUGCCGCUUAAACAUGUACAUUUAAUGGGUAAAAAUUUAAGACGUUCGGGUAUACUUUUAUAUGGUCCCCCUGGUACCGGCAAGACUUUAGUUGCCAAGGCCGUGGCUACGGAAUGCAAUUUGAGUUUCCUUUCUGUCCAAGGACCAGAGUUACUUAACAUGUAUGUGGGUCAAAGUGAACAAAACGUCAGAGAGGUGUUUGCUCGCGCUCGUUCUGCGGCACCUUGUGUUUUAUUUCUGGAUGAGUUGGAUUCUUUAGCGCCCAAUCGUGGUGUAGCUGGUGAUUCGGGUGGUGUUAUGGAUCGCGUUGUUUCUCAAUUAUUGGCCGAAAUGGAUGGCAUGGGUGGUGAUGCCAGCAAACCCAUAUUUAUUUUAGCCGCUACCAAUCGCCCCGAUUUAAUAGAUCCUGCCCUUUUGAGACCCGGCCGUUUUGAUAAACUAUUUUAUGUGGGUCCCUGUUCUACGGCCGAUGAUAAGGCUUCAGUAUUGCAGGCUCAAACCAGACGUUUCAAAUUGGCUAAUAAUUGUAAUAUGCAGGAGAUAGCCGAAAAACUCAAAGGAGAAAUGUCGGGUGCCGAUUUAUAUUCAAUAUGUUCAAAUGCUUGGUUGUCAGCGGUGCGAAGGACCAUUGAUCGCCAUUUAAAAGGCGAUUUAAGGGAUGAGGACUUGGUGGCGGACAACGUUGUUGUUGAAGUUGAAGAUUUUACCAAAUCAUUUGGUAAAUUUAUACCCUCUAUUAGCAGACAGGAUUUGGAUUACUUUAAUAAAUUAAAAUCAUCGUAUAGUGUAUAAAAUGUCGGAAUAAGGAAAUUAGAAGUUGUAUGAUUCUAAAUUGAAGCGAUUUUAUUAGUAUUGUUUAGCAACUUGAAACUUUUACUAUUUAUAAAAAAAAUUUUAUUGGAAAACUGAUACUAAAUGGAUCUAUUGUAAGCCAAAAAUUUAUAAAGACUUCAACGAGUGUUGACUUUGGGGUGUUGGUUUUGUUAUUUAUUUAAUUCUUCUUUUUUAAAUAAAUUGUUAAUAUUUUUUUACAA